AAAAAAUCGAAGAAGAAGAAGACGCUAACACGCGCGGAAGUGUUUUGGUUUAUAGCGGUGCAUGGGGUCGAGCAGUAAUGCGCACCUAGUUUUAUUCUUCGUUUUAAUAGCAACUAAAGCCAAAUCUUUCUUGAAGCUUUUUCUAUUAGAAAGCUGUCAGCCGCCGAAGUGUGUUUUACACCGGAGUUUUAAUCCAGUGAAGAAGAAAGCUAGUUAGCAUUUGAGCUAAACUCAGUUGUUGUUGCUGGUCAAAGUAGUUUUAGUGUUUCUGUCUUGUAAGGACUUACCGGGACCUUAAGGAGACAGACUUUCAGAAUAAUGUGAGAAUAAAAAACAGAUUUUUUCCCGCUCCCGCAGGUACCAAGCCGACACUAAAUGGAUUUUCACGACACAGCAUUGCUGGUAUACUAUUAUGGUGACUUAUACACUAAUUGAAAUAUUGUGUUGUGUGUUUUCCAGGUGUAGAUUGUGCGACUUAUGGCUGGAUUCUUUAUUUUGAGAUUUGUUCACUUGCUGUGGAAAAGACCGCUAAGGAAACAAGUCUGGACAAGACCAUACAACAGCUCCUUUGUGGUGUCAGCUCAGGCUGUGUUGUAAGUAGACAAACUUACAAACUGAAAAGAUCAUAACAAUAGUUAUAGAUUGGUAACCUUUCUGUAAAAUGAGAUAACUGGCUCGGGUGGCCUGAUCUUGGGCAGAUUGUUCUCCCCAAAAUAUAACCUGAUAGGGGAGAGUGGGGUAAGAUGAGCCAUUUUUCAUAUUUCAGAUCACUACAUCAAGGUAAUCAUGGUUUUGUCUCUAACUAGUGUAUCUGCAUAUAUUUCGAGAUGGUGUGCAUCCCUGCAAACCAACAAAAUUAGUGUAAACAUAACUGUCUUGAUAAUAUAGCAUGCCAAAAAAAAGUGGUCUCCUAUGGUCAACUCACCCUGUGUAUGGGGUAAGUUGACCAUAGGAGUGGGGUUAUUUGAGCCCUCCCUCACCUUCUCUCCCUAAAUAACAGUCACUUCUUCACAUACAUGUGUAUUUUUAUAUAUUAUACGCUAUUCAACUGGUACAAUAAUUCUUUUUAUUAUUAUUGGAUAUAACUGUUGAAAAGCUGUUUUGUAAAAAGCCAUUUGAACAUGAGAAUGCCUUUAAGUGAUUCAGAACACAUACAGCUGCAUUUUUGAAAAGAAAAAGUAAAACAUUUCAACAAUCUGAACUGAAACUCUGAUCUUCUCAUCAGACUCCUUUACUUUCUCAGUUGAGUCAUUGGCUCAACUGACCCCAGAACUACUAUUAUGACUAUUAGUCCUCUAAGCUAAAAUGGUGGACUUACUAGGGUUUUGACCACGUUGUAGCUCAUAGAUACCACAAUUGAUGUAUAAAACAAAUUUAAAAUGAUCUUUUUGGUCCGAACACAAUUCUAACAAGAUACGGUUGUGACAUAUGAAAAUGGCAAAAAUGGGCCGAAAGCAGCGGAAUAACUCUUUAAUCAUGCGUCUGAGAAAAAAGUCCAAGUGCGCAAAAUCAAAGAUCUCGUUAAGAUACACGUGCCUGUAAAAUUUCAUGCAUAUCUGAAAAAGUCGACGUUCAUGGUGCUCUGUAGGGGGCACUAGCAAGCCAUUUUUUAUCACUUUUUUUUGGGGUCACUGUAAAACAUCGCAGUUUUCGUCGGGACUGACCUGCCUGCAAAUUUUUGUGAUUUUUGAGGUUGUUCAGGGGGUCAAAUUUGUGUUUUUGGAGGCCGUAAAAUAAUAAUAAUAAUGAUAAUAAUAGCAUUAAAGCACUAAAUAACUCUGAUAUAAAAUUGAUACAGAGAUUGUUGAGAGUGUUGGUCUGAGCCAGAGUCAGAAAUGCUUUCUCCUUUUGUAGACUGACCGCAUUUUUAGAUGUUGGACCUUUCGUGAAGCGACCCAGAACUGAAACCAUUUCCCCAACAGCAGCCCCCUCACAUUCACCCAAAGGUAGUUUAUUCAGAUUGCUUUUUUUGACUACUUUCUUUUUUACUUUUUUAAACACAAUGUACUCUUAUUUUACUGUCUACAGGUGUUCACAGCAAGGACUAUGAGACAGUAGACCAAGAAAGAAGGAGGAACAUUGCAGAGACCAAGAUGGAUACAAGGCCAAAGUCUAGAUCAGAUAACCUGCGAAGAGUAAAGACGAAAAGUCACCAUCCAAGAAUCGGCUCUAAACAACAACACCAACAAAAGUUCAGAAAUGUUCUUGAGCAGUGGCUGGUUAAGCCUUCAGAAAAUGCAAAUACAGCAGAAGUGCGCCAAACCCAAGAGGAUGUAGAAAUGACUGAUGAAGGUGACCCCCAGAGUACCUCAGCUCAGAUUCAGGACCACCAAAAAGAGGAAAAAACUCUCAUCUCCGACUCUGAUGAGGAAACUCAACUCUUAACACCACAAGACAUGGAUGAAGAAAAUCCUGUGGCACCAGUUUUAAAGAAACGUGUGGAAAGUGAAGUUCUACAAACACCACUCAAGCAUGAUAGUGGUGUAGAAAAACAAGAUGAGGAGAUGUGCUUGGCUGCUUCAGAGGGCUCUGUCAAACAAAACACCAAAAUAACAGACUUCUUUUCAGGAAUCCCGUCCUCAUCUGGUUUACCUGUGAGAAAAGGUAGACCACAAAGGUCUCCAGAGAACAAAGACGCAGAUAAUGGAACUACAUCUCCUGCUGCCAAGCCUGAUGUUAAAUGGCUGGGAACUCCUAUUGAUGAGCUAAAGAGGAUGCCUGAAUGUGGCAGACCAAUUCCUCCGCUGAGGGAUGUUCCUGGACAGCACACAGUGAUGAUAAGGGUUUGAGAAGCUUUUUUUAUUAAAGCACCUCUAGAGACAAAGCGAUUCGUUUUUAAAUGAAAUACAAUCGCUCUUGUGUGGAUAUACAGCUGAGUUGAAGCGGUUGUUUGACUGGUUGAUGGAACCCAACUUUAACAUAAAUAAAAUUUGCCGACCAGAAUGAGGAACUGAGAUGUAUAAUUAUUUUACCUCUUGUAAAUCAGGGUUCCCUAAAAAGUGGGGUUAUGUCUUCGCUUCUUUUAGCAGUAUGUUAGAUUGAUAGAUAUGUAUGUUUUCAGCCCCUGAGGAAAAUUCAGAUCAGGGUUUUGGAAAGAUUUGUAAUCCUGCAGGACAUGUGUUAACACACAAAAACUAAUAUUCAUCCUAAUAUGAAUAAAUAAGAUAAUAAUAUGGUCAUAAUCAUCACCGUCAUCUCUGGCAUUUUCACUGAUCUGUAUUUUACUGUCAUGCAUUUUUUUCUCCAUCCUUCCUUUUGACAGACAGACCUGCUUCAGGACGGUAAAGUCCCUGUGCCAUAUCCUACUCGAUUUAAAGACACCUGGGAUGAUGUCCAUGUCAAGAUGCCCUGUUCCAGUAUGAGUCUGUUUCCUGUCGUGAAUGAGGUAAUGACCCCUGUGCUCAUAUAAAAAAACAGUAAAAAAAAAACGGAUUAUGUAAUAAAGAUACAAGAAUCACACAUUAAAACAUGUGCUAUGUCUCUUAAUUGUACAGAUGAAGAUAUUCAGAAUAUGCAGGAACAGAGAUCUUUUAAAAAACAAAGAUUCAGGACUAGAUUGAUGGAACGUUGUAUUUCUGUAAAAGCAAUCAGUUUAUGGAACAAUCUGAACAAAGACAUUAAAGAAUCCAAGUCAAACAUUACUUUUAAAAUAAUAAUUAAAGCCAGUAUGUUAAGGAAAUAUGUUAGUUAUACCUGAUUAUCAUACCACUGUAAUUUUGUUGUUUGAGUGGCAUUAACUGAAUUGUAACUUGGGAACUAAAUGGUAUAUAACUGUCUGUGGUGGCCAGCAGCUAUAUUUUGAGUUUAUUAUAUAUAUUUUUUGUUGUGUUUUGUUUACGCUGUUGUUGCUUUUUUUAUUUUCGUUUAUUUUAUCAUUUUAAGUUUGUUCUUUGUAAGUUGAUUUCUGGGGAUAAAGGCUCAGAAACAACAUGAUACAUGUUACGGAUACAAACACACUUGAAUUCAGUAUGCAGAUAUUUAGCAGUUUGUGUUUUUACAGGAAACUCAAGAACUGCAGAACACAAGUCGGUGGGAGUUGAUCGUGGAAACUUUAAGCAAGGAAUUCACGGAUCCACAGGAGCUGAAGGUAAGUUUUUUUUUUUAGUUAUCUCAGUUUCUUUUCUCAGAGCAAAGUGCACAGAUCAUUUUAGAUGCUGUUACCAGAAUUGUCCACAAGAUGGCGCCAUGAGCCUAGAAACUGUUUGCCAGUUCUAGGCACCCUGUUCAUUUUUUUGUUUUGUUUUUGCUGCCUAUCCACGACAAUAAUAAUCAAAUGGUUUUUUUUUUUUCAGAGUGCCAUUUUGAAAUACAGUGCCUCAAAUGCCAAAAAGUGGGACUUCACUGCGUUAUGUUUGUACUGCACCAAGGUAAAUAAUGAGAACCUCUUCGUAAAGUUUACUGAACUCAAAAUCAGAAUUUAAGUUUUAAAAAAAAAAUGUUUUUAAUUGAGCACUUCUGGGUAAUUUAACUGACACCAACAUGCAUACAUGUAAAUACAGAAGGCCCCAUAAUUAAGUCGUUAAAGGCUUUGCCGUGCAGACUAAUGACACAUCAACUGUUCAAUGGUGACACUUGAUUGCUCGACAGAAGGCGUCGUUAACCAAUGACAAGGCUCCUCUUUGAGCGUGUCAGAGGAAGGACAGAUGGCUCAUUAGUUAGUAAUGACAGUAUCUUCAGUUUGUGGGGGACAUGAUGGUACAGAUGUUUCAUUUGACACCAGACCAGCCUGAGCUCGGUAUAAAGCUUAUGUAGGUGCCAUUUAGAAUAAUUGUCAAUUGAUCGAAUCAAUACUGUACAUUCAUCUCUUUCUGGAGAAUAAAUUCAAAGCUAUUUGAAUAUUUUCCUUGUUUUUUCAAUAACUGAAAACAUCUAUCAGUAAGUGUUAAAAGGUUUGUCUACUUUGUCACAAGAUGAUCAAACUUCUGCUUUUGCAAAAUGUUGCUCCUUCAAAACUGCGGUAAUGCAAAAAAUUAUGAUUCAUUCGACCAUAUUUUUUUAUCCUGUGCUUUGUGGACAUCUGGCACUUUGGAAGUCUGUGGCCUGGAUCAUAGAGUUAUAUUUGAAAAAGUGUAAUUUAUGGGACUUUUAUCUUCUAGUGUCCACAGCUUUGUCAUUUUCUUUUCACAAGCCAAGGGUAAAAUAAGCCCCAGUUACAUCAUGAUGGCCAGAGCUCUUUUGGUUCAUUGGUUGUCUUCUCCAGACUCGUUUUGAGACCAUCCAUCAUCCGUGGUCUUGAUGGGUAAUGCGUCAUCCUGUGUAAGGAAUCAGGGAGGGCUGUACUACUGUCUGGCUCAUGAAAGGGAAGGGGAAUAUUCCAUUUGGAGGGAUGGGCGAGGUGUGACAUGACUGUUUGUUUGAUACAUAAAAGUCCUAAGCAUGUAUGACCUAAGCAUGUAACCUGCAUUUUUUUUUAUUUAUGGGAGUCGUCAGCCUGUUUUCUUCUGUUACAUGAUUGUGUGAUUUUUUUCCCAUCUCAGGGUAAAAGUACAUGUGACCCUUUUCCUUGAAUGCCAUUAUGUCAGAUGUGUUUCUGUCUUUUGCGCGAGAACAGUAAUGGAUUUCACAUGGGUGAAUGUUGGAGCCCUUCAGAAGCAAAGUGGGGGUCUGGGGAAACAUUUAAUCUUUUGCCAAAAGGUCACGUUUAGUAACUUGUCAGAAAUGAAAACAGUCGACAUUACAUCCUAGGGAAUUCUUAACCUCAGCCAUAAUCGAUUGAAUCACUCUUUAACUUUACAGUAUCAAGCUGAAUGUCAUAAAUCAUGUGAGAAUGGGAAUUGUAUUAGAUAAGAAUCUGGUGCUGACAGGGUUUAGCCAGAGGCCCAGUUCUGUUGUGGCAGCUUGAAUUGGAAUGCAUUCGGUGUUUGGAAAUAGAAACACUUGAUUUAAAUGGAUUCAACCUGCCUAAUAACAUCAUAGAUAUUAAGAUAGAGGCGGACACUACCACUUUGAAUACAACACCAGUUCUAAAAAGAUUGGGACACAGUACAAAAUAUUAAUAAAACAGAACUUAUCACUUGUUAGAAUUUAGAAUAGUUGUUUUACAAAAAAUAUGCUUAUUUUGAAUUCUAUUUUACACAGGGAAUCUCUUUCACCAUUGUGUUGCAUCACCUCUUCUUUAAACAGCAUUUUGUUAAUCUUUAGGAACCAGGGAAUCCAGUUCUUGAAUGCGGGAUAUUUGUCUGAUACUUGAAUUCCCCUUUAUCAUGUGUUUUGUCUUUCAUGGUGGGUAACAGGUUUUCAAUAGGUGACAAGUCAGGUCUGGAGGCAGUACCGUUAUGUUUUUGAAAUUCUGAGUCCAUGCUGUGAUUUCCACCACAGAGUCAUGUUUGUUUUUACUCUGUAAGCACCUAUGGUCCCAAAGAUAAUGGCCACCCUGUACUGUUUUGUUAGCCUUGUGGGUUUCAUUCAGACAUUUCUUAAAUUUUUCUAAAUUUUGUACUGUUGAUAAAAAAUAUUCUCAAAUUCCUUUAAAAAUCACUCUUUUGAGGAACAUGAUUAUGAAAUUUUUGAAUUAUUUGUUCUCUCUCUGCUAUAUCCAGACAUGUCACUUGUUAACCUGUUAUGAUCAAGCAUAACAUAGUAGUGUGGGAGUUUUGGUGUACCUGUUUCAACUUUUCUUUUCUAAUUUAGAAAAAGAACAUUUUUUUUGUAAUUGAGGUUUUUAUUCAACUUUUAUAUAUUAAACAUUUUACAGAAGAUAUUAAACUUCAGCACAAACAAAACAACCAUAUUGAUCACAAAUACGUAUACCAUAAACAAAAUAUGCAUAUAUAUUCACACAGAGCCCAACCCAUAAACAUGAAAAAGAACAUUUUUUAUCAAAUGUACAUUUUUGUUUCAACAUUUGUCAUGUCGCUGAACUUGUAUUUUUGAUUAAAUUUAGAGUUGAAAAGAUUUUUAAACCAUCUAACUUUAUUUCUAACAUUUUAUAAAGCAUCAGACUCCCAAUUUUCUUUUUUAAUUGGAGUUAAACCACUUUGCUUUUUCAUAAAAGUGAAACAAACAAAGAAUUUUGUGAACUUUUUUUUCAGUUAACAUGGUAAAACUGAGUUUGGUGUCAUACGUUGUAUAAUAGUCAAUGUUUGUAAUGACAGACACUUGCUGGUGUUUAAAAUCUGACUGUAUGGUGUUGUAGCUUGCAGUCACAGUUUCUUUCUUCUCCCUACUAAACAUAUCUGUAGUUCAGCUGAGUAAUGAAUCUGUUUUAAAAGUCUAAUAUGCAGAAUGGCUGGUAGCAAUCAGCUCAGACCUACAUUGUUUGAUCAAAAGUUGCUCAUACAGCCCACAGAAAACAGUGUUGGUGUUUGUUAAGACUCUUAAUUUAAAAAUCCAAUCACAGAGGAUCCAACAUGUUUGAUUCAUGUCCACUGCAUCACUCGAGCGAAAUGGGGGAAUAUCAAGAAGUGCAAUGUAAUGAACUCCAUUUCCUCCUGUGUUGCUUUUCUUCUGGAGAUGCCUGAUCGUAGAAAAAGCAGAACGAUUGUGAGUGUCAGAUAAAAGUAGACAUGAAUGGCAUAGAGUGACAGGCCAGGCAGCCUCAUUGAAUAUUCAUUUCAGCACGCGCACCUUAUGAAUAUCUGAGAAGCUGUUGACGGACAGCAUCGGUUUUUGUUCAUUUCUUUUCCUCCAGUUUAACCAGUGUUGUAUUUACGGUUAUGGGCUCUCCAGCGUUUUAUUUUCACACGGCUACACGUCCACAGAUGCAGUCAAGCAGAUUGCUUUAUUGCUCGGACCUGCAGGAAUCAGAACCACGGUGUGAAGUGUUGUAUUAAAUCUGUUUGGGGUAGCUCUUGUCUUUUCCACUGCCCACACCCCCUGCAUCUUGCUUGAUUACUUUGUCAGUUUGCUGUGAUGUACAGACCUGUAUCAAGUCAUACAGAGAGUUAGCCCGGUUGAUUUGAUGCACUGUCUUGCGCUGAUUUAAAGAGCUGGGCUUGUACCACCUCAGCUAUAUCCACCCGCCUCGCCCUGUCAACCGCCGUCAUUUAUUACGCCCAUAGGAGCAGUUUAUGAUGUCAACUAGGUCAUUACUUAUGACAGUGUUUAGUCAGGCUUCCUUUGCCAAUAAUAUAAAUGUCCUGGGCUAAAUCACCAGUCAAGGCUCCUUGUCCUGAGAACACACUGUCCUCUCUGUUUCAAAUGCUUGUUCAUUUGCAUCCCUUCCAGGAAGACCGUUAAAUCAGCUGGCAUGGCCGUGCAACCUUGAUGAAACCGCUCUGUGAUUGAUUUUUCUGACAUUUUGUGGCCAAUAUGGAGUAAAUAAGGGUUGCGUAUGCAGUAUAUUGUGCAUGAAACAAUGUAAAUAGACAGCUCUGUGGCGUUUAGAGGUUUUUAUGAUGGUUGAAUGUUCGGUUUUGAGUGAUUUAUUUUAGAUCGACUCUCAAGUUAAAGCCUCACGUAUCCCUCUCAAAUGCAUACUACGAGGUGAUAGUCAUGUUUCCCCAGCUUUCUUGACUUCUGCAUGUACAGUGAUGUGCGUAGUCUGCUCACAUAUUAUUUUUCUAUGUUGAUAAAACUGGAAUUUUUAUUAUUUAUGUAUGUGCCAUUUAGCUGUUGAAAAACAUAAUGUUCUUUUUCUUUACAUAAAGUACAUUAUGUAACAGACAAAAAAUGAUAAAAGUCAAAACUAACAAAUAAACACCCCAGACCUCCCUCCCUCUUCAACCAUAUUACAUUAUUAUUUUUUGUAUUAUCUGUGUUGUGCCAAUAUUUACACAAAUGCAAUACAUAUGUACAUAUAUAUGUACAUAUAUCAGGGGUGGGCAAUCAUGUGCCAUGGAGGGCCGAGAGGCUGCAGGUUUUCUUUCCAACCCUGAUUAGUCCCUGCUCUCUGCUUGGAGGUAAGGUUAUCAGUGAAAUCACCUGGUGGAGUUUUGGGUUGGAAAGAAAACCUGCAGCCUCUCGGCCCUCCAUGGCACAUGAUUGCCCACCCCUGAAUAUAUCAUAUACAAUACAUAUCUGAUCCGAUUACCGAUUAAUCAGCCGAUUUUUUAAUUUUUUUAUGAAGUUAUAAAAAAUAUAUAUUACCCACAGAAUACUAUAUACUGUAGAUAUCCUGUAGGCUACUGCUCUUCACGCCGACAGGAAGACUGACUGAUCAAACUCGGACCAGAAAAGCGUUUUCAACUACCCUCCACUUACGCCGAUCGGUACUUCUGCCGAUCGGUACCUCUGCCGAUCGGAAACCUGCGUCUUAACUCACACUACACAUUUCCGGUCCGGUCUCAUCUGUAGACAUGCAGCUGCCUCAGUAAGAGAAGUAGCUCGAUCACGUAAUGUGUACUGUUGUUUAUUCUACCUUUACCGGCACGGCUAACAGUGUAACAAGGCAAAUAGCAGAUGGCUAACUCUAACUUUAGUUUGCAUAUUACAUGGUGCUUUACUGUAAACUCAGCGCGACCAAGACCAGCACAGCGGGGAACAUUGUGAAGUGGGUUGAACUGAAAUUUGUUGACUUAUUGUGUAUUUCACAAACUGGUUUAUUUACCGUUGAGGUGGACCACUCUCCUCCGUGCGUCCCUGAGCUGCCUGCUUCGGAUCCGUCACUCUGCUGUGCUGUGAGGUAGUUAGUGGAUGAAGAUUGUCAUGAGGUCGCUGCGCCAUCUACAGGAUAAGUCUGGGAACUUUUCAAAUGUUGGAACAUUUGUGAAGUGAAACCGGAUCGUAUUCUCCGCAAUUUAUUUCUGAAAAUAUCGGCGAAAAUUGGCGAGUUUUGGCUGAUUAUUGAUUAGUCUCAAACAGGCUAAAAUUGCCCAAUUUAAUUGGCUCGCUGAUAAAUCAGUCAGGCCCUAGUAGAGAGUUCCAUACAUGCAAUAUCUAGGAAAGUAAGCGCCCGUUGUUGGAAUGUCAAAAUAUGAGGGGUUUUCCAUUGUAUAGCCACAAUUUUCUUUGCUGCUGUUAAUCCAGCAAAAAAGAUGUGAUUCUGUGUACACUUCAAAUGCAAAUUGGGAUAUAUUGUUGAAUAAAAAUGUGGUUAGAGAUGGUAUAAUAUCAAUAGUUGGAAGUAAUGAGAGUUUAGUAGCAACCAUCCUCCAAAACUCUAAAACCUCUUGGCACUCCCAAAUCAUGUGGAAAAUAGUACCAAGAGCAUUGGACGUAGAUAAAACUAUAAUUUUUUAAUUUGGAUUUGAACUGUCACAUUUAUUUGCUUGUAUUGAACUGGUCAACCCAAAUGGCUAAUACUGUCACAGCUGAAUUUUUGCGACAAAAAAAAAACAAACAAACAUCAACAGAUCUCUCUCGCUCUUUUCUCCAAGGUCCUGGAGCCUGAUGAGGCUGAACAUCUGUUUGACUCCCUGCUGCCAGACAUGGUGCAAUUAGCACUGAGAGCAUCUGAGCUCUGCACCAAGGUAACGGCCAUCACUAACCAACACGCACUGACUCACUGCUCUGUGACACAGUAGAUCACUGACACAGGUUGAUCCCAGAGGUCACGACAUGACAAAUUAUCUCGUGAAAUGGUUGUAAAAAGCGUGAGGUCAAGGCACGUAGCCAUUGAUAGUCAUUUGUCCGAUGUUUUAUAGUCCGUUUGGUCAUCUGGUGCUUUGGUGUGUAGAUGAUUAACAGCAGUGUGUGUGUAUUUGCAGCCAAAGAAAUCCUAUUAAAAAUGAUUUUGUGUCUUUGUUUCGAACGUACAUUAAAUAUCAGUCUAUUUAGUCGAAGUACUAAGAUGUAAACGCUUAUUCUUAAUGAACUUUUUGGCACAGUUAUGUCAGCAUUUAAACUAAAGUGCAUUAUAAAUCCUCUAAUCCAGCUAAUUUCUCAAACUGGACGCUCUGACUCAUCCAUCCUUGUUGCUGUUUUUCUUAAAAUGGUGACUUUUCGACUCUAAACUCAUAAACUACAUUUUCCACCCCUCACUAUGUAGUCAUUGUAGGAGUGCUGGUACAGACGCACAGAUUAUAUAUGGGGAGUAUGGAUCUUUUGUGAACAAAGAUGGAGAUUGAUUGUAAUCAUAAUGGCUGAUUCAAGAAGCGCAGAGUAGAGCCAAAUUACUACAUUUAUGUAACACACUUCAGCGUCUCAUUUGGACAAAUGGACCAAACAAAUUAUUUUGACCUUCCUCAGCUGUGCUUGUGUGUUCCUCCUCCAGCCGAUACCCCUCCUCAAGGCAGGCAUGAACCACUCCAUCACCGUGUCUCAGGAGCAGGUGGCAUGUCUGCUCGCCAACGCCUUCUUCUGCACCUUCCCCCGCCGCAACUCCAGGAGGUCUGAGUACUACAACUAUCCGGACAUCAACUUCGUCAGGUAAUCUACGGCUGUGCGGUGGUUUCAUAUGUCCUGGAAAUGACACAGUCAGGAGAAGCAGCCGUGACAACUAGCUUCAUUUCCAUGAGGGGGCACUACUGUAUAUGCUUUUCUCACUAUUCUGCUGGAUGUUAAAGCAAAUAUUUACAUUGUUAGUAUAUGAAAGCAAAUUAAACACUAUCUUAAUCCCUAAACUGACUUUAAACUCUAAUAAAUAAUUACUCUAAAUAUGACAUUGAGUGCAACAUUCACUGUCUUUUUGCUGUAGAAGUUUUAAAUUAAAUAUUUGUUUUUUGGUGUUUUGUUGUUUUGCUUUUAACAGAUUUACACAAACACAAAUUUAAAAAAAGGAGGUCUUUCGCUUUGAAACCCAUCCAAGUUCUCAUUGCGGAGAUAGUCUUCAGAGUCCUGCACAGUCAUGUCCCCCCAUCUCUGCUGGCAUCACAGUGUAAUUACCUAAAUGGAAGAGGGAAUUAGAUUAACUUUGACUCAGAUGGCUGCUUUUGACUGUGGAGAAGGCCAUUGGCUGAUUUUUUUUUUUUCAGAGGGAUGUUACGGAGUUCAAUCGCAUCAGUAUUUCAUUCACACAAACACACUGUUUGAAUAUAAAAGACGAGACGUAGUCAUCUUUUAAGGGUAGUGGUCCCCAGACACUAAUUUGGAUUAAAAGCAGGUGUUAAAUACUUUAAAAUAUAUCUUUUAUAAAACUCCUUUUUUAUAUGCUGGAGUCACUUAUACCCUUUUCCUGUGUUACAUCAUAGUUGUCUUCACUCUGUGGGGGGUAUAUUGAUGUUAUAUAAUUGAAUAUUAAUUCUCUUCUACUCAAAGACCCUCGUGUGAUUUCUGCUUUUGUCAAAGCCGGCUCUUGUCUUUGCUGGUCCGUCAAAGACCUUGCCCUGAGGACUACACGGCACACAAGUGUUUUCAGGGACCACGCUGACAAAAAAAAGAAACCCAUGUAGGAGUCGACUUCGAUGAAUGAGUUUCCAGAGCCUGGGGGGGCUCUCUCUCAGUGCAUCAAGCUUUUGUCGUUAUUUCAUUGCACUCGCAUGAAAUUUCUGUCUCUUUAUUGUGGCAUGUGAGGCCGGCUAUGUGGGUCCUAUAUAGAGUUCUCUGGCGAGCAAGAGGGCGAGCAUGGCGCCGAAAGUGCACCCAAACCAGCUGCUUUUUGUGCGCCUUUAUUUCUCCUCCUCAGGACUCUCGUUACUUAAAAGGGACACUUAAUGUAUCCUCAAGGAGGACGCCCUGUCUUCCUCUCUGUCCCUUCUUUUUGUCAGAGUGCUGUGAUGUGGCACACGAGUGUGACUCUGUGAUGGCAAGCCUGGGGGCGACCCCAUUGUCGAACAACGUAGGAACAUCCUACAUAAGCGGCCGGUGACUGAAUGGGAAGCUGAGGGAGAGAUGGACUAAUUCACGUCAAAGUUAAAGCUUGACUGAACUCACAUGGCCAGAGUGGAGGUCUCCACAGCGCUCGGUACAUGGAGAGUCAUUUUUCCUGCUCCCUGGUGUGGCUAUUUAAUCUCCACUGAAGCCGAAAGAGCUGGUGGUUGGGUGUGGUGCCAUGUUUCGAUGAACAGCUCAGAAAAUGUGAAGCACUUUUGGAAAACAGAAAAUAUUUCAUGAUCUAUAAUUUUACAGUCUCUGAUCUUUCUCUUUUAGACUUUUCGAGGGCUCCUCUUCAAGAAAGAUUGAGAAGCUGAAAACCUUGAUGUGCUAUUUCAAAAGUGUCACUGAAAGAAGUAGGUGUUAGGAGCUGAUGAAAAAUGAGUAAUUAUGAGGGAAAACUAAAAUACGGUUUGUUAAAUUUUGACUCUCUUUGAUUUUCAGAGCCCACUGGACUUGUCACGUUCACACGGAAAAGCCUGGAUAAACCUCUGGAUUGGACAAGGUGCAGUAAACUGUUUUUGUCAACUGUUAAAAUGAGUUGGUUUUGUUAGUCUGCUGAAUCUAACACAGUGUUGUCGACUCUGAGGAAGCGAGCGAGGAUAGAUCGUUUCAGCCGGAGUCGAUAAGAGUAUAAAAACAGUUCAUUAUUUUUCUUUCAGCUCACAGACUCUGCUCACAAAGCUCCACAUAACUUGUGAAGGCACCAUCGAGGAUGAUGGUUAUGGGAUGCUUCAGGUAAGAUGAAGAGGAGGGAUAUAAAAGCGCAAAGUUAGAGAGAGAUUUAAUCAGACUUUACCUGAAAGAAUCCUGUUUUUUUUCCCUUAAGGGGGCUCUUACUUUGAGAGAUACUCCCCCCCUACUCUUGCUUCCCUCCCUCCUCCGUUCUCUCUGUUGUAGUCAGUCACCGAGCCGCCUCCUCCUCCUCCUCUUAGAGAUUUUCACCCAGAAUGCUUACUGCUGCUGAAAAGGCCUUUGAGGGGAGCCUGCGACGCAUCACUGGGAGUGUGCGCUGGGACUGGGGUCGAGGCCUCUGAGCCUCCUCUGCUCUUCGUGUCGGCCCCGUUUCCUGCACACUGUCAGGACGGCCCGCUCUGCCUUUCACCUUUUGUCUGCCUCCGGUUGCCACGAGCUGACAGUUGAUGUGCACACAUGACCAGCUCCGGGGGCUCGCCACGGCCCCCGGAUUGAUGGAUGCUCUGCUGGGGUGGGGGGUUGCAGCUUGACAGCCUGUCAAAGCAGACUUUAGAGGCUGGCUCACUGUCCCAGAGUUGAGUGACCAGUUUAGGGAGAUGUGCUGCUCGCCCCCUUUUGCAGCGUCUUUCUGGGGUGGUGACGGGGUUGCUUGGGGCCGUCUGCAGACCAAUGAGCAACAACUGUCAGUCCUCAAAUUGAAUUAUACGUUCCCCGUGGCUGCUCCCUGACUUUAACAAAGAGUUCUCAUGAGACUCAUAUUGUCUUUCGGAUCACAAACAGGCUAAAAUUAACAAGUGCAUCAGCGUCACCAAUAGAUGCGCACAAACCCCAAAGAAAAAGGAGGAAAACAGAUCGCAAGAACCUGUCAGCAGUCAGCUAAGCAGCAUGUUAUGACUGGAGGGAGAUGUUUACUUUGGACCGCAGGAUUGCUCUCUUGUUUUGAUAUUUUCCACCGGUGGCAGCACACCUAAGUGCAGCUUCAGGGAGGAGCCUAUUCUGGCAUGGGGGACAGAUAUCUGAGUAAUGUGAGCACCUCAGGCCACCAUCGUGAUCAGCUUGUCAAGAGGUUCUGUCACAAAUAGAAGAAAAAAGGGCCGAGACCCUCAGCGGAGUUCAGUUUCCAAAUUUAGACAUCUAUACAGUAUAUUUCAAAGCCAAAGAAAAAGCUCCAGAGCUGUCGUCCUCUCUUAUUUUUGCUUUUUUGUCGUCAAAAAAUGUCUUUAUUUGAAUUGAAAACUCAAAAGGUUUUGCAAAGUCGUGGAUGUAAUGAUUAAAAGAUGUCAUUUGCAGGUGGAUUUUGCCAAUAAGUUUGUUGGAGGCGGAGUCACCAGCUCGGGUCUUGUUCAGGAGGAAAUCCGUUUUCUGAUCAACCCUGAGCUUAUUGUUUCUCGCCUCUUCACCGAAGCCCUGGAUGAUAACGAAUGUCUGAUCAUCACAGGUCAGUCACAAAGAACUGUUACUGAAGUACUCCUGCUGUUCAGGUUUUAUUUCAUGACUUAGUCCAUUGAUCCGGAUCAAAUCAAUGAUGCCCUGAGUUCACCCCGCUCAUGCUUGACCUGUAUUCACCAGAAAAACUGUAAUAGGAGACUCCAGUCACACCCAGCAUGGAGUACACACUACACACCUUCAAUUUACCCCAUCCUGGCUCAGCAAGAGGCUGAGUGAUGUUUCUGACAAUUGCUCAGCUUUCUGUGUCUGUCCUUGUCACAUUUGGUUUUGUGAUUGGCUGUGUUUUUUUUUAGAGUGGCUGUCCUGAUUGCACAGUUGGGUCUUUCUGUUGACUAAUUCCCACUGCCUGUGCUUCUGUAUUGAGUGGCUAAAAACAAACAAGACCGGGACAGGCCAGACUCCAGACUCAAUAACAAGAGCUAGACUUAGGGAGUCCCAGCAGGUGGCUGAUGGCUCCUGUCUGCUUUUUUUCCUUUCCAAUCUGUCUAUCACUGUUGGCUGAAGAUGUUGCAGCUACUUGAUAAUAAUAACAAUAAUAAUAAUAAUCAUAAUAAUAAUACAUUUUAUUUAUAUUGCGCUUUACAUCUGAGAAAACAGAUCUCAAAGUGCAUACAGUGAAAGGCAAUGGUAAAAACAACAAAUAAAAAGAAAAUCAGAAAAUGAAAUCAGCUCGUAAAAAUUUUUCGAAAAAAAAUAAACUAAUAAUGAAAUAAUGCACAAUUAUAUAUCAAUAGUGGGUUAAAACUAGGGCUGUAGUGUCCUAGUCAAUUGGUUGACUUAUUCGUCGAUACCUGCUGAAACGACCAAUCAGAAUUCUGAUUGGUCGACUCGAUUUGUUUCCGCGUCAAUUUACGGUCUAUGGUUAAUUUCAUCAGGAGGAACGUCCCGAGUGCUAAUAAGGGGUGUUUUCAGAGCUCCCCCGUUUCACCAAGCAAAGUCGGAGGUUGAAACAAGAUGGCUACAUCUACGAAAGUUAUUUUAGCGCUUGCCUUGUCCGAAUAUAAGGCAAGCGCUAAAAUAACUUUCGCAGAUGUAGCCAUCUUGUUUCAGGCUUCCAUUUUGCUUUUUCCGUCUUGGUAACUGAAACGCUGGGAACUCGGGUGUGACGUCAUUUUUCGCCCUGGCAUCUGAUUCCCAAGGUAGCUCAAACGCAACAAGAGAGUCAACCAAGAAUUUUUUGGGUUGAUUACAGCCCUAGUAAAUGCCAAAGAAAGACCCUUUUUGAAAACUUUAUCUGGAAAAGCUUUUCCAAACUGUCUUUAUGCAACCUGUAAAAAUCAAAUCAUACGUCAUCCUUAAGCAGAGCCGCCUGCACAUUACAUAACCUGUGGGCUGGACUCAUACAGGAAGUGAUGCAGCACAGCCGAUCCGCAAUCAUACCGAUGCAUCAGAUCUUCGUGCUCUGGCAGAGUCACCUUCAGACUCCUCGCCGGCCGCCCCUCUCCUGCCUCCACUUACGCCACUUAACUUUAUUACUGGGGCCCAGAAUUAAUUACAGCUGGAGGACCUGCCCAAGACCUGCUCUGCUAAUGGACUCUUCCAUUCCAUCAUCUUUAUUAAACCCUGCCCAUAUCUCUUGUCCGUCUCUCUUGUAAAAGUCCAUGCCUUAGCUGCAUGCAUUGCGCCCAUGUGGUAAAUCAUAUUCCCUUGUGAUACGUUUUGGCACACAGCAGAGGAGCUAAUGGAUCCUACCUCUGCUGCACUGAAAUUUGUAAAAGUGCCCAACCGUAAUUGAAUUAAACUUGAUCGCUAGAUAUCUGGCAGUCGUCGGGGCGGUCACAAGUAAAAAUAGCAUCAAGGAGAAGUCAUGUAUUCAUUGAUCGCUGUUACUAACCAAGAAAACGCCGCACAAGCUUGGCAUAAGCAAGUAUUUUUCCUUUUGUUUAUUGAUUCGUCGUUUAGGGAAUAGCCCUUUAGAGAAACCAGUGGUUGCCUCUUGAAGGAUAUGUUUAAACCUUACAUCGACUAUAUCCUGUGUGUAAAUGUGUUUCUGGAGCUUAGCAGCGAAGGUUCUCUUGUGUAGUCAAAUGCAGACAUCGUCAGUUGCCCGCUUUGGCUUUGACAUGGCAAUGAGAUGCGCCCGUGACCUUUUACCGCCUCUCGUCCACCGCAAAUAUGAGACACUUUGUUCUGGUGUAUUUACACAUGAAAGAAACAACCUUCAGGACGAUUGUGAGUUAUAGCCGCUGAUUUUUAUCUAACCUGUUUGUCAUCUAGAAAUAACCGCGAUUAACACGACGCAUCUUUCCGUCGCCCCCACCUGAUAGAAGUACGUUUGGCGCACUGGCUGGUUUCGUAUUCGCAGAUGUCUGUAUUUUCUGAGAAUUUGGGCAGUAAUGAAGAUGUUGUAUCUUUGCAUCUCCAAGAAGUUGUCUCAAUUAGUUGUGCCACUGGUAAAUCAGAAUAAAACUCGGUAAUCUAUUAUAAACCCUAUCCCUCUCUUGUGUUUUGUUUAAGCCAAUCUGAUUGUAAGUGUCAAGUGGCGUGUGCCCUGGAGAUCCCCCCCCCAUGUGCAUCUUCUUAUAACCCUCCACCAAGGCCCCACCACUAAUCACUCGGUUUACUCACUUUGCAGCAUGAAGCAUCCCAGCGAGUGCUCUUAACAGCCAGGUACUAAUGAGCGCUAAUGAAUGGGGAGUUAAUUUGUGGCCUCAUUUGUUUGACUGCGCUGUUGCCCUCCCACCCGCCACUUCCCCCCUUUGUGGGCGCUGAGUGUUUCCCCCCGUGGGCUGUCGGUCAUUUGCUGCUCCUCGUUUAAAGGGAAGGGGAAUAACUUGACCUUCCGUUUGUCACGAGAUGCAUUAUUCUGUUUGAGAAGAUCACAUCAGCUGGAAUGACUGGAGACACACCUCCUUUUACUUAACGGUGAAUAAGUUAAGAGUUCCUGUCGGACUUGGCUAAAUCUGGAGUAAUCUGAUUUACAAUAUUUGGUUCCCACAUUAAGUUGUGAUUUUAGGCUUUUAUAAAUAUAUUUCAUUAAGCUUUUGUUUACAUGAUCAUAUAGGUGAUUCUUGGACUCAAAUGGGUGUUUAUAGUUUGCGUGUAAUUUUUUGGAUGUUCCUUUAUUUUGGCCACUUUAUGAGCAAACAUGAAGGAAGCAAAAUCUUAAUAACAUCUCUUAAUUUCACGCACUUUACGCCACCAACGCCCACUUCAGCAAAUACUUGUCUGCUGCAAAGGUUCCUGGCGCAUUAAGAUGGAGAAGGAAGGGGAGCUUGAGAUGUUGGGUCUCUGUAGAUAGUAAAACAAAGAUAUGUUCUAGACCUCCUCUUGAGACAUUUGUGACAUAUAAAUAAAGAUUGAUUGUCUCACCAUGGUAGCAAAGAGUGAAAAUGUAGAAGCUUUGUAAGAGUGAAAAUGUAUGGCACAGCUGUUGUGUUAGGUUUCAUUAGAUUGCCCAGGUGUUCCUAAUGUUAUGGCUGGUCAGUUUAUGUUCCUGUAAUUUAGUGUCAGCCUACCCAUCUUCCAUCUCUGCCAUUUUAAUAACACCCAAAGUGUUAAAUUCUCAAGUUGUUUAAUAAAAACUGAAAUGAACAUGUUGAUAUUUUAAUGACAAGUGAGAAUAAUGUGCUUCUUUUUAAAACCAGGUACACAGCAGUACAGUAAAUACACAGGCUACGCUCAGACCUACAAAUGGACCGGCUGCCACCAGGACACAACUCCAAGGUACUUAGUAAAAGUCAAAAAGCUUAAUAAGCUAGGGAUAAUGUAUAGUGAGCAGGUGGUUACACGUAUUAGAGUAUGGGAACAAAUAUUUGGACUUCUGUUUACAUAUUGAUUGUGUGAUGAGGUUGCUCCUGUUGGGAGUUAACCACGGUUAUAAAGGGGUUAUGAAAAAUCAGAAUCAAGAAGGUUCAGGUUCAGGCAUGUCAAACUAAUAUCACACAGAUGACACAUCUUUUACUACUACUAUGAUAUCACUACUAUUUAUAGUCCAGGGGUGAUAAAUCUUACCAUGUUUUGUAUCUUCUCCCGCUAUCAAGAAGUUUGCUUUUGGCGUUGUGUAAAAAAAGCAGGCCAGCUGUCAGGGGUAUUGGAGUAAUUUAAUGGGAGCUCCUGUAUUGAACACAGAAGUUGGACGGAUAAAAACAUUUUCAAUUUUGUAAAUUUUGGUUGUAAUUUGUCUUCUUUCAUUGGUUCCAGGGACGGUUGGCAGAGGAGAUGCACAGAGAUUGUAGCCAUUGACGCGCUCCUUUUCAGGAGCUUUCUUGAGCAGUUUAACCCAAAGAGUAUCGACCGGGAACUCAACAAGGUCCAUUCUUAAAUGUCCUGUCUUUCUUUCUUCUCACUUGUAAUGAGUUUAGUUUUCUGCUGUUUGUUCCUCUGGUGUAUUUAACUUUAAACACCUGUGUGAGCAGAAACUAAACACCACAGUAAAUCGGUGUUGAUCGUGGAUAGAUGAGCGCUGGCUGCUCUUUGAUUUUAUGCUUUGAUCUUCCACUUUCAUGUCUUUCAAACAGAAUUAUAAUAUUUUAACUUUUCUGAAUGUUGACUUUACUCUGAUGAAUUGACUUUGAUGUUGAUUUGGUUGAUAAUUGGAAAGCUGUUUCGUUCAAAAUGUCAGCUGAUGGGAGAAUUGACUCGUGUUAAAGUUUCCCAAGGUGAAUAUUUGAGUCGUAGAUGAAUGUCGCUUUUUUGUAAUGUAGACAAAUGAAGUGAGUAAUAACUGUAAAAAAAAAUGGUCCAGUCAGGGUAAUUUUGUCUCGGAGCCAUGCAUCAUCAUUGCUAAAUUUACACGGUUAAUCUUACAAUCGCGAAUCCUCCAGCGUGCGCAAUCACCUCAGCGAAACAUCUUCAUUCAUACGAGAAAAUCAAGAUGUUUAUAUUGUCGAGUCAGCUGUCACAGGCAUGGAUGAGUUUGACAGCUCUGACAAGGAGGUGAGGAAUGCACCAACAUGGAGAUCAAUCGUGUUUUGAAUAUUGGCUACUCGAAUGUCAUGUCUGCCCUUUCACUGGAGGAAUUUAUGACUAGUCAGGGAGGAGGAUGGACCCUAACUAUUCAUUUUCACUUUUCACGUAAUGUCCAGUGUGAACAUAAUGUCCUCCGUUUAAAAACCUGCUUUCAGAAACAUAUUUCUCACCCGACACCCAGCCCACACGGCAUGUCGUCACGUCAAAUGCUCUUCUUCGUGUGCUUGGGUUUAGUCUGUUAUUUAUAUGUAAAAAAAAAAAGGCCUCCCCAAUUUUAUUCCAAUUGCAAUUCAAUUGAGAAAACAUGUGUGAAGUGACAGAGCCUUACCAAAUGGAACAGUGUUAAAAAUGUAUGUUCAGCCGGGCAAACCAACCUUCAUGUGUUCAAGCGUUGAAUGAUGUGUCAAGCACAGACCUGCAGGCAAAUGGAAUUACUAUGUUGCUUCUCUGUGUUCCAUUUGUGUUUGAUAGCGCGGAGACGUUCUGUCGAGCUGCUCCUGAUAAAACAUACCACUGAUCUGGAACAGUAAGGCUGAUCGCAAGACCUGAGGCCCCCCUUUUUAUGUACCAAAUGACACAUCAUUCCCUACUCACCUGAGCAGCCGGGUGUCGUUUAGCUGACAGCUUGAUUUAAGAUCGUUCAGAGGAAACCUGGGUCAUUCAGAGUUUUGGUGACAGUGGGACUUUGCUUAUCAUGAGGAGAAGGCAGAAUUUAAAUUCUCACUCUAUUUGCAAGCUAUAUUUAUCUAUUUUUGUGCUCCCAGAAGAGAAAAUGUUCAGAGAGAAGAAAUAAUCUACAAAAAAAUAUGAACAAAUCUCUGUUGUAUUGUCUAAAUCCUUUUUUAUCCAUGUAAAAAAAAAGAUAUUUGUGGUUUAAAUUAGGGAUGGGCGAUACAUUAUCAUUCACGAUAUAGCAUCUGAAAAAUCCUCCAUGAUAAAUAUCUGCCAUCUCAUGAUAAAUACGAUUAAUGCAAGUUGAUGACGUAAGCGCGAGCGACGAACUCGCAGCCAUAGCUCACACUGAGCAGAAUAACAAACACUUCAAUUCACUUCAACUUUAUUAUGUCCCAAAAUGGGCAAAUCAGGUUGCAGCAGGCACAGGCAUUUAAAACACUGCCAUAUAUCAUAAAAUAAAAUAAAAUACAUUUACAUAAAAAAAAACAGUUCAGGAGGUAAAAAAGAAUUAAAGAUGAUUUAGAGAGUAAAAAAAAAAGUAAGGUUAGUUUUCUCCAUAACCUAUCACUCAAACUUGUGGUUAAGUAUCUUAUUUGACUACUCCAACUGGUGUUCUCAAGACAAAACGAGUCAAAAAUAUAGAUUACAUUUAUAAUAUUUAUUCUUGGGACUUUUAUCGUUAUCGCCUGAAUGGCAAGCCUUAUUGUGCUAAAAAAAAAUUUUUCCCGUAUCACCUAUCCCUAGUUUAAAUGUCUAUAACAGCUCAGCUCUUGGGUCAAAAACUUCACUUUGUUCUGGACAGGCCUAAGCUGACCUCUGUCUGGGAUUGUUUUCGGCUUUGUGUUUACAUCACCCUUCCUCACAUGCUGCCUCUGAUCUUGAACCUACAUUCAGGCGUACUGUGGCUUUGCUCGCCCAGAGGAGAAAAGCCAGAACCUGGCAGCGGUCGCCACAGGGAACUGGGGUUGUGGCGUUUUUGGGGGUGACACACGUCUGAAAGGUAAGCUCUGACGUCUAUCACAAUGUUUACACGUUGUCCUCACUUCACUUAGCAGACUAAGCGGACUCUUUCUCCUUGAUACCACAGAAUAAAUUUCAGAAAGCUCCAGCAGAUCGGCGCGAGCGUCCAUUUGUCUUCGGGGAAUGCGUUCAUUUAGUUAAGGCCUAUUCGUCGCCUUCCUUCUAUUGAUCAAACGACAAAGUUAAUAUGUUUCAUUAAUAGUGAAAUUGAUCGCCUGCUCAAGUCCAUCAAUCUGUUACAGCUCCUUGUCUGAGCCUUGUAUCACUGUCACUGAGCAGGGAACAUCAGGAGAGUUUCCACUUCGCAGUCGUGGCUGUUUCUCUCUGUCUGCCUGACAGCUUUCGUGCUCAUAAACUCUACUAACAUCCCUGCAUAUUUGGUAAUUAGCUGCAGCAAGGUAGCUCCCUCCAUAGGCAUUAGCGCCUACUGUCUACUUAAUGACAGGCCUCAUGGGAAGAGCUUCUUAGUUCAAACACUGCUCUAUACCUUGGUUUAACCCCGAUGGCCUCGUAUCACUGCGCAUCUUUUAAUUGUCAGAUAAUUCUUAAAAAGAAAAGCUGAGGAGAGAGAAACUGCUGAAGUGUCGGCACACUCAGCUUCCCCCCUUUUUCUGAAAAUGUUGAUUCAGUUUUGCUCAUUAAUUGGCCACCAUCCCAGCCUUCAUUAAUCAGCAGAUAUAUUUCCAGUCUGUUGAAAUAUUCACAGCUCUCCAGGGUCAGACCUGGCCUCUCUUAACUAAUCUAGUACUCAGUGGGGGUGAGACCUAUUCCCUUGUUCACUUGCCUUUUGCUGUACUCAGAGGCAGAUACUUCACGCUCUUAGAGGUAACAUUAGCUAACGGAUGAGUCUCUGGACUUUCGUUUGUUUGAACUUUGCUGGAUAUUCAUGAAUAAAAGGACCAGACUGUAGCCUUGAAAAAGAGAAGCGCGUUACUGUAAUAUUGCAUAUUUUGCCUCUCUCACUGUGGAAGUGUUUCUUCUCCUUCAGCUCUGCUCCAGAUGCUGGCAGCUGCUGAGGCGGGCCGAGAUGUGGCCUACUUCACCUUUGGUGACAGCCAGCUCAUGACAGAUGUCCACAACAUGCACUCUUUCCUCACCCAGAGGAACGUCAGUGUUGGUGAGGAAAACAACUGCUUCUAUAUACAGCUUUAUCGUUUCUUCUCAUUUUAUAUGACUUUUGUGAUCACGUUUUUUAACCAUGCGAUAAGACACUGAAACAGCAGAUUGUUAUCCCUGAAAGCUUGUUCACAUUUAUGAGUUGUAUCAAAAGGAUAUUCCGGCUUAAAAUUGAUUUAGGGUCAAACACAGCGUAACACCGAGUUAGACACCUCCUCGAGAGAUGAAUGUUGCUGAUCACUUGCUUCUCUAGUUAUACUAACUUUUUAGUAAUGACCGCACGAUAGCAAUACACAGCGGUCUCAGGAGCCACAAACUAACCUCAGCUAAAACGCCACUCUAUAGACACAAAUAAUGUUUAGAACAGCAUCUAACUUCAUCAACAGUACAACUGAUCAUUAUUUGUGGCUAUAGAGUGGCGUUUUGAUUAAGGUUUGUUUUUAGCUCCUCAGACUGCUGUGUAUUGCUAUCGUGCGGUUGUAACUAAAAUUGGUAUAACUAGAGAAGCAAGCGGUCUGCAACAUUCAUCUCUCAAUGGGGGUGUCUAACUCAAUGUUACAGUGUGUUUAUCUCAAAUUAAUUUUAUGCCAGAAUAUCCCUUUAAAGUUUACUCAAGGGACUACACAAGAUACACAACCUCUUUGUUUUCCUCACAGGGGAGGUGUAUGAUCUUCUGGGGCAGUACCACAGCUCAGUGUGCAAGAGCUGCCUCGGUCGGCGCCCUGACGUCAGCCUCUACUCCUUCAUCUACCAACAGGUCGGCUCCUCCCUGGCGCCGGAUGACUUCAACAGUGGCUCGUCCAGACAACACGUCCCUGCAGAUAGCAGUUAAGGUCAAGUGGCCGAUGAGUCACUCAGCCUUAAUGUAGGAAAACGAAACAUUUACCGACUUAAAGCAUUCACAGUUUGCCUUCAGAUUUCAUUUUUCUCUAAUUUUUUUGCUGGACUCUCUUUGAAUAGGUUUGUUUACUAAGAGUGGUCUCCACUGCUGAUAAAACAUGAAAAUCCAGGCUAUGGAGAUCCUUUUUGACAACAGCUGAGCAGCUGAAGGUGAUUAGUUAUGACCCUGCCGCGCACUGUCGUCCAAGCUGUGUUCAUUUCGCUGCAGCUGGUAAUACGCCAAUGGAUUGAGCUUCAAUACGGCGCAAUCGUGAUUUUAAUGGUGAAGCAAAGGUUGCCAUCCAUCUUCUCAGUUUGUCAUGUUGCCUUUUUUACACCCACACAUAUCCAGCCUAAUUGAAUUGGCUGUCAGAAAUCAAGUUAAAGGAAAAGAAUAACAAGAGGCGGGCUUGGAGAGCUUGAAGUGCUCGCAGGAAAGCGGUUUGAUUUAAAGAGCAGCCUGGCUCUUUGUGGAAUUAUCUCCUACCUCCCGCAUUUAUAGAACAAUUCUAGUUUUAAUCACCAUGAAUUCGUUUAUUUGUUGUUUUUUUGCUGCGCUUUUUAUGAUACCAACUGAAACCCUGUUGCACUUAAAAAUAUUAAUAGGAUUCGUGUUUCUCUAGAAAUCUCAUAUUUGUCGACCUUCGUACAUUUAUAAAGCUGGGCUGAAAUGAAAAGUGAGACAUUUUGUAUUGAAAUCUUGUUUCUCAAACAUCACAAAUAAAAUCACUCUGAAGUUAA